GUGUGUAGUUUUUUAUCCCUCCCCUGAGCAGAUCUUUAUCAAUUUGUGUACUCCAGUCUUGGGCUGCAUUUGAAUGGGUGUCUGUGUGUGUAUAUGUGGCAGAGUUUACAGGAGGACUGUGUAAAGUGUCUCGGAGCCUGUGGAGAAGGGGGAAGAGCUCAGUGUCCAGAGGAGAGCAUCCUGCACAAAAGGAUUUCUGACUGACAGCACUCUCACUGUGAUUUCCUCCGGUUGCUUUUCACGAAAUCAGGAUUUGGCUGAACUGUGUGUGUGCAGCUUAAAUGACGAAGUGGAACUUGUUCCGGCAUCAGACAACGCCCAUGGUCGCUGCUAAGCCAACGGGGGCCAGUGCCUUGACUGUGACUCCAGCCCCCGUCGCAUCAGUCUCUGCCGACAACGCCACAGAGCCGGUUAACAAGAACGAUGUCUUCGACGAGAUCAAAAACAAGUUCCUAAAUGAAAUCGACAACAUUCCACUGCCGUCCUGGGCCAUCAUUGCCAUUGCCGUGGUCGCUGCUUUACUCAUUCUAACAUGCUGCUUCUGCAUCAUCAAGAAAUGCUGUUGCAAGAAGAAGAAGAACAAGAAGGGCAAGAAGGGGAAGGGGGACAUGGGAAUGAAGAACCUGAAAGGGGGAGAGAAACAACAGGAUGAUGAUGAUGAAGAAGAUGAUGUCGAACCCGGACUGACUGGAGACGAGAAAGAGGAGGAAGUAAAGGAGAAAGAAAAGCUCGGGAAACUGCAGUACUCCAUUGAUUAUGACUUCCAGGAGAACAAGCUGACUGUGGGAAUCCUGCAAGCGGCUGAUCUCCUCUCCAUGGACAGCGGUGGCACCUCCGACCCCUACGUCAAGGUCUUCGUCCUCCCUGAUAAGAAGAAGAAGUUUGACACAAAGGUUCACAAGAAAACACUCAAUCCUGUCUUCAAUGAGACCUUUACCUUCAAGAUUCCAUUCCAAGAGAUGGGAGGAAAGACUCUGGUAAUGUCAGUGUAUGACUUUGAUCGCUUCUCUAAGCAUGAUGUCAUCGGAGAGAUUAAAAUACCCAUGAACACCCUUGACCUGGCGAAGCCAAUUGAGGAGUGGAGAGACCUGGACAGCGCAGAUCAAGAAGAGCCGGAGAAGCUGGGUGACAUUUGCAUCUCUCUGCGUUACGUCCCCACUGCUGGCAAACUUACCAUCUGUAUCCUGGAGGCCAAGAACCUGAAGAAAAUGGACGUGGGUGGACUGUCAGAUCCCUACGUGAAAAUUAACCUGCUGCAGAACGGAAAGAGGCUGAAGAAGAAGAAGACGACGGUGAAGAAGAACACUUUGAAUCCGUACUACAAUGAGUCCUUCAGCUUUGAGAUUCCUCUUGAGCAAAUGCAGAAAAUCAUAGCUGUGAUCACAGUGCUGGAUUAUGACAAGAUUGGCAAGAACGAUGCCAUUGGGAAGAUCUUGGUGGGAAGCAAGUGCACGGGGGCCGGGCUGAAACACUGGUCCGACAUGCUGGCCAACCCCCGCCGCCCCAUCGCCCAGUGGCAUCCACUGCAGCCAGAGGAGGAGGUGGAUGCUGCCAUCGCAGCCCUGAAUGCCAAGAAGUAAACUCCCCCCUGAACACAUCGUCCCCACCUCCACCUUACUUACCCGUGCAUUUCCCCCAACCAUUUCCCCCCAGGCCCCACAUAUCUGUGUAUAUUCCAGAAGAACACCCCAACUGUACAUCUGCUCCCUCCAAACCCCACGUCCUCCCCUUCCUCCUCCUCCUCCUCUUCCUCUGCCGCCACCUGUCAAAAGAUCCAUAGAUACCAUUCAACAUGAUGGGAAAUAUAGUUUAAAAAAAAGCAUCAUGUUAUAUGAAAUCAUGUCAUUGAAAAAAGAAGUUACAGGAUGGACAGAUACUCCGUUGAUUUCCUUUAGAUCUAUUUUUGUAUUGGGGUUGUGGUUCCAUUAAUAAGAAUACAGAGUAGACUACGAAGAACAGUACGAGUGCUAUAUGGGAAUCUGGUGAUAGAGGGGAUAAAACAUACAUUCACUCAUAUUGUACUUCUCACCCCUUCCCUUUAGUGACACAGUUUGCUUAGAAUAGUGCUUAAUAAUAAAAUGCUUUAUACUGCCAUAUGAUAGAGAAAUAACACAAGCAGGUCCAUUCCUUAGGUGUAUUGUGCACCAUGUUCCACACCUGCCAGUUAUCAUACUAGAUGAUUCUGUUUGUUUGAAGUACAUUCCUAGAGUUGGGUAGCGCGUAGGGAUAGGCACAUAUCCGGUUACCCACAAACACACUGCCUUUUUUGAUUAGUUAACCUUCCACCCAUCGUCUCAGGAAAACUGAGAGGAAACUGAAUCUCCAUGCCUUUUUUUCUAAACGGGUUGUUAUUAUUCCUCCACUUUAUGAAAAUGAAACGUCGGAUUCAAGCGCUUGUUCAUUUUCCCGGCGACGUAAGGCUCACGACUAGUGUUAGCUUGUCCGUGAAAUAGUACGUUAGGGAACAGGGAGUGGUGGAUUUUUCAGUUAAUAGGGGUAUUUGUGUAUUUUUUUGUUUUUAACUGUGCAAAAAGGCUGCGUUUGUCAUUUAAAUAAGAAAAAAAAGCAAGGAAAAAUCAGAGCGGGUACAACAGAGACUGAUUCCAACCACCAAUGACAUGAUAUUUACAAGGUGUCGAUUACUGCCUGCAGUCUACCACCUCCCCUCCCAACGCCUCUGAUUCUGUAUCUCACUUGUUCAGUGCUACUGCCAUUAGUCAUGGACUUGACACAAGGGUUUUACUUCAAAGGAAUCCCUAUAACCGUCUUACAGUCAUAAAGGAGACAAGCCUUCAAAGUAACAAAAUAAGCAAUUUUCAACUACCAGGGACGCCUUCCAGUUAGCGGUGUUGUUCUCUUCAUUUCCUUAUUUUUUCUAUCUCUUGUUUCCUUUGUUUUAUUUUAUUUAACUUCACUUGUAUUCCUCAAGCACCUUAAAUCCAAAUGUUACGUUCAAGUACCCUCAGAAACCAGAGCUUUAAUUUUUUAUGUUCAUAAUAACUGCUGGUUUUAAGAAGAAAAAAAAGAGCAAGGGACUUUUUUAAUUUGUUAUUGUUGCUUUGUUUCGGCUCAGCUUUUUUCUGUAUGUGUUUCUUUGAUUGUUUGAAUAUUACAUUUCUCACUUGGUCGCAAGGAUAUGGUCUGGAAGAAGGCACUGAUCCAUGUGUAUUUUAUACACAGCUUACCAAACUGUUGAAUUUAAUUGCACUACUGGGUAUUAUUCUGUUCUGUGGUAAUUUGACACUGUUCUUUGAUCUGUGUAGUUUUUUUUUUUUUAAUGAUAAAAUGUUGUGAGAUUGAAUUUUACUGUGGCACGCCAGACAGGUCUCCUCAUAUUUAAAAAAAAAAAACUGAAAAAGAAAAAAAAAGAAACGGACUCCUCUGAUAAAGCAAAGAGACACAUUACAAUCUAAUGCUGCUCCCUGGCUCCUUCACGGAAACUAAUUGGUUCAGCGCAUUUUUCCAAAUUAACAUUCUGUUGAAGAGAAAUUGUGACAAAAUCCAAAUUGACCAAAACUCAUCAGCCCUGAUUAAAUUGGAGAAUGCCAGAUUAUUAAUUAAAUUCCUAAGAUGCGUCGGGGUGCUUGGGUCCAGGUACGCCUGUGUUUGCGUCUAGUUAUGAAUUAAAAAAGCAAAAACUACCCGUUGACCGUGUGCAAGAACAUGCAAAGUCAAUGUAAAUCAAAUGUAGACCACCUUUUUUGGAAUUUAAUGAAUGUUGGCUCUUGUAUCUUUCUCUGUUGGAAACUUUUAAGUCUUUAUUUUUUUAUAACCGACAUACCAUGUUUAGAUUUUCGUUUAUCAUCCCACAUUAUCUUUUUUCCUCCGUUGACGAAGCAGCACUAAAGAAAAGGCAACAUGGAAGCAAUCAAGCAACCCAUCGGUGUGUAGUUUUGCCUAUAUACAUAGUUCAUACACGUUGAUACUGCAUGUUUAUACAAAAUACUGUACAUAGGAGCAUGUUUUAGAGACGAAGCAAAAAUAUCUCGUGUAAGUAAAUGGGUGUCAUUUGUCAUUUUAAUAACACAAACGAAAGGGGAAAAAAAGAUGCACUGUAUAUUUUCUAAAUGAAACAAAUGUGUAUUUAUUUUCCAUGAGGGUCAUUGGAGAGAAUGUCAUACAAAUAUUAGAGUACUAUUACUAAUAAGAACCUUUCCACGCCUGAAAUUCUUAAGCAAGUGUGUCGUCCAGUACUGUGUGUGAGUUCAUGUAGGAUGAAAAUGUAGCCGCAUGCUUGCUAUAUAAUUCCUUGUGAUCAGAGUUUUUUUAUUUGACACCAUUUAUCUUCCAUGUGUUUUGUUUUUUAAGCACUUAUCUGAAGGCCAAUGUGUGACUUUCUUUAUUUUGUUGCUAUUGCUUUGUUUUUUUAAAAACAAAAGAAAAACAUGUUUUAAAUUUUUAAUGUUUGGGAUGUCGGGGUCUCCAAGUCUGUAAGAUGACUAUUUUCUAAUAACAGAUUUGGCACAGUUUUAUUCUGAAAUAACUCGAAAAAGACUGAAUAAUUCUGCAAUCUGUAGGUGGAUUGAAGGAGUUGUUAUUUGUGCCAGUAGUGAAGUCUGUUGGAUCAUAUCUUUGUAUGAAACGCAUUUCCAAGGGCCAAAAGAUGAAUAAUUCCCAUUCCAGUGAACACAAAAUGACUUGGAAUCCCUUCUUCUCCUCUCUUUCUUUACUUGGAAGUUUUUAUUUUUCACUUCUACAGUAUUUAAAUGACCUGAAACCCUUCAAGGCUGUGUCUCUUUUACUGUGUUUAUUAUACAAUACGUGUACGUGUAUACAAGAUAAAUGAAUAAGAUAAAACUAAAGCCAUAAAACUCAAGCACUAACUCUUUUAGAGCUCAGCUGAGUAGCUAGAGUUUAUUUAUGAUGAAGAAAAAAAAAUAUCUGACAUGUCUUCAUUUUCCUUGGCCAGUGUUUCUCUCUUUUACAUUCCGUUCAGAGGUCUUUGUUCAUCAAGAGGGCAAAAUCCACUUUUCUGUAUAUGUGAGCUUUGAGAACAGUUGUGAGUUUAGUAGAGUGAGUGUGUCUUUUUCUACUUUCAGAGCUGUCGAUGUCCUUGUUUCAUAGAGGUAGCUGAUUUUACAGUAUUGUGAUUAGUAACGUAUAUGCCUUGUUUUGAUAGUAUAAAUAAUAGGAACAAUAUCACAAUAGGUUCUCAAUAAUACUGCUAAAAUUAUAUAUAUGCUAUAUAUAUAUAUAGAUAUAUAUGAGAGUGUGUUCUCUUCUUGGGCUGAGUGCAAUUUAUGAACCAAACUGGGUCACUCUUCAAGUUUCUCUUCCUCUGGUUUUGCAACAGAAUGUAUUCGUACAAUCAAUAACACACUGCUAAUACUGGUUUGUGUUGGCUCGUUUAGCAUAUCGCUCAGCGACAAAACAACAACAACAGAUGAUCCAAAAAUAUCAAAGCAAAAAGAGAAACUUAAAAACAGUGGAACCCAAGUUUUAGGCCUGAAUCCCUCCCAUAGAACUAUGCAUAAAGUUAUGAUUUCCACAAACACAUGGAGAAAAAAGUGUAUGAAAAUAUAGAAAUAUAUAUAAUGUCAUUAUAGGAGUAGUUCUAAAUUUUUGGGGAGUCGUUUAUUUGGUUUCUUGCAGAGAGAUGAGAGGAUAGAUACCACUCUAUGUGUGUGCUAAAUAUGAAGCUGGAGCCUGAAGACAGUUAGCUUAACAUAAAGACUUACUAAUAACACCCGCUCAGAUGGGCGUGGUUUUGCAGGAUGUAGCCGUGCAUACCUCGGGAAGCUCCGUGACUUGCUCAGCACUGGCUCUGAGUACAUGUUCAUACUUUAUAUGACAGCCUGUGUGCACCUAUGUGAGAAUGCAGAACAAAAAUCCUGUAUUGUUUGGUUUGAUGAAAAUGAGUAAGUGGCUAAGUAUGGGCUAGUUUUAUUUCUAAAUUUUGGAAAAAUAGGCUGAAUAAUUUGAUGUACGUCAGGUAGGAAGGCAUACAGAUGCAUAUAUUUGGUAUAUUUGGUCUCAUUGUGACCAGAUACUACAUUGAUAAAGAAAUAAAGACCCCCAUCUGAGUACAUUUUUGUUGUUGGACAUAAUUUAGUCCAUCUAAGUGGAAAUAUAUUUCAUCAUUAUUUAGUUGUACAUAUUUCCCAGUAUAACCUCACGAUGGUCAACUUGAGAAAUUAUCAGUGGUUAGCUAAAAGUCAUUUGAAAAUCUGUGGGGAUGUCAUCUAGUUGCAGUUGUAGCCAUGCUUAAGUUUCAAAUUACAGCUGUAGUGUGAGGUCUCCUGUAGGUUUAAUCUUGGGAAAAAGAUUAGGUUAUAAACGUCUUUUUGGUUAUGGUUUACAUUACGCCCUGAACUUUGACUCUCUUUCUCAUUUAUCUGUUACCAUGGUGAUAAAAAAAAAAAUCCCAUUCACCAAGCUCGCCAGAGACAGCGGUCAACCCCAAGAGCUCUGCUGUUGUGACCUUGCAAUGUAUGUAGUUUUAAUCUCUAAGUUAGAGCUGCAUACAUUGUAGAUUCUCACAUAUAGUGAAAUUACGCAUUUCUUAUUCUUUAUCUUAAUAGUUAUGUCCUUUUGUUGUUGGUAAGUUAACAAUUAAUAAUCCUAGUAUUACCCUUUGACUGGUCAUCAGUCACUUGAAUGUGCGGUCACCCGUCGUUGCAGCUUCUUACAGCUGUCAGUCAGCUGUCAGCGAGCUGUCACACACUCAUCUAUGAUGCAUCUUUUGCUGUGCAGAGGACUGUGUUUCAGAACAGCCAGAAGAGCAUGCUGGCUUGCAUACUGCAAAAUGCGACCAGAUUUAGCAGAACAUCCUGGUAUUUUUGGCACACUGCAUUUGACAGACUAUGUAUUGGGACAUUCUAAAUCUUUCUCUGGCAUACUAUAUAAUAUGGUCGUAUGGGUAUUGGAAUGCACAGUCUGUAUUUUUAGGGAGUCCCGUGGGGAAAUAGCAAGCCUGGCUCUGUCUGUAUUUGUGUUAAGCUAAGCUAACCGUCUCCUGGCUCCAGCUCUAUGCUUAAAGGACACAUAAGGCUGGUAUCUCACCUAACUCUUGCCAAGAAAGUGAAUUUGCCUAUUUCACAAAAAUGUUGAACUAUUCCCUUAAGUUGACCUCAGUUGCUGAGUUUUCUCUGAGGUAAACGCUAAACUGCCAUCUAUUUAUCUAUCUAUCUAUCCUGACAACAAUCGUCAACGUGUUGUGCGACGCCGCACAUCGCCUAAUGCAAUAUUAUAUUUAUCCGCUGUCCCAUUAAUGCUACUGACUGUGACCAAAUGAUGCACUGAGAACAAUUCAAACACACAAAAAUCACAGAAUACUGCCAGGACCUGAUCACAGUUGCCUGCAUUUGUCAACACUGUUUGAAUCUACAAAGCCAAAACUAUUCACGCAGAGGCAAACAGAACACAUCAGACGAUGAGGCAAAUGUGAUUACGGGUCAAUUUAUAGCACAUUUAGGAGAUUUAUUUCCUUUUUACUGCCACAAUACGGUCACACGACAUCUAAGUUCUAUGGGGGACAGAGACUGGGAGCUGUGUGUGUGCUUGUGUAUGUGGGAUAAACAGGUGGAGUGUAGGCCCUUUAGCAGACAUGGUGCAAAACCACAGCACUAGAAUAUAUAAAUACAAUAUACAGUACAGGUCUGCAUGCAUGGGACACAUUACUCAUUCCUAAAUGUACAUCUCUGUGUGUAUGACCGUAACACUCAAACAAUCCUAGUUUUAAGUAUUCCGUUCUGUUGAUAGCUGUGUAGAUGUACCUUAUGCACAACUGCGUCUGAAACUGUGAGCGCUUUCAGCUCUGCAGAGACAGUUUUAGAGCACCGUUUGUUCACACAACCAGUUGGGUUUUUAUUUUUGUUUGUUUCUGUGAACAAACGCCGGGAUUUAAAAAGGGAAACCAUCCAAAGUUCAGUAGAUCAUUUACCACCCUGUCAAAAAUGUGUUGAGAAGCCUCUCAGCGGGUAAAGACACCACUUUGAAACAUGCUGUCUUGUCUCCUCUAUUACUCGCUGUAUUUCUUCUUUGUAUUCUUGUGCACAUGUGUAAUCACUCCUUCUGUCUUUAUUUGUUUUUCGUGAUGUGUACUUCUAAUGUAGAAUGUAGGACUGUGUUUGAAUCAAUGCCAGAGUCAUGUUUGCUUUCUGUUUGUGUCUUUGUCCUGUUUACGUGUAACCAGCUAUGUACCAUCAGUGUCAUUAUGCUGAAUAGGAAGCAGGCUCGUUGAUUUCCUCCACUGAAUCUGCUUUUGCUGAGCGUAAAGAAUGCCGGCCUUCAUGUUUACAACAUGGACAUACCGUAUACUGCCAAACAUGCAGGACCGUACCAACGCCCCCCCCCCCCCCCCCCCCCCCCCCCCCCCCCCCCCCCCCCCCCCCCCCCCCCCCCCCCCCCCCCCCCCCCCCCACCCUUGAGCGCUUAGUCCUCCACCUCCCUGAUGCAACUGUACUCUCAAGACUCUUCUUUUUUUCCACCUCUUUCUCUUCUUCAUCAUCUUUUAAAGCGUCGGAGGACAGUCAGGUUGUGUCCUCUAGCUGUGUUUCUUCGUGUCUAGUGUCGUGGUGCGCGUGUUCAUGUCAGUACUUGUGCCUACUGUGGAUCGCAUGCUUUAGCCCUUGACUGGACACAAACGUUGCUCACAAACUCCUCUUGACCCUUAUGUGGACAAACGUUGGGGAUCCUUAUAAAGUUAUCAAGGGAACCAAAUAACUUAUUACAAAUUUAUCAUAUGUGUUACCAGUUCUGUAAAAAAAAAAAAAAAGUCAAAUAGGAAAUAAAGGCCUUUUAAUUACCAUGA